UGUCUGGCAGAGCUGAGGCGGGAACCUGAGCAUCAGCCUGACAGAAGGUCAGAUAUUUACACAGGGAAAAGCUACAAGAGGCAGAGAGAGAGAGAGAGAGAGAGAGAGAGGCAGAGAGAAACCUUUACAUGUUCAGUGAAAGGAGAUGCGAGUCAGAAAAGGCCAGAACAGCCCUGUCACCUGACGCUAAGAGAUCAGGCAAUUAUCAGCGGGACUUGCCAUCACCUAAGAAAGAAGGCUGAUUCUCAAAGCAAGGUUUCAUUGUUAGUAUAAUGAUGAGGAAAGUGUUCACUUGCCUGGACUGAGUUUGCAACCAGAGUGUCUUUCUAAAGCUCUUCUUUCAGACAGUGGCCAAUCAGGUGUCUCUGAUAUUUUAUCUAAAACACAGCCAGACCAGGCCCAUGGAUAGUGAGUGAGGCACAACUGACCGUGCUUGCUCGGGAUUAGGAACCUUCCAAGAAAGGUCCUUGGAAGAUAAUUGCAUUCUUCCUUUCUCGAGUUCAUUCAAGGAUUAUUAAUAACAGCAUGUAGAGAAAAACAUCUGCAUGGGAGGCUUCAAUCGAAAGUGAAUAUUCUGUCUAAGAAUCUGCAGAAGCCCAGAGCAAACCCAAACCAAACCCUCCAAUUCAGAAGCGGUGAGACAAAUCAAAUCUGUACAUUGGAAGCAAGAGAAUAUUGAAAUUUGCGACAUUUUAUUGAUGCUUAUAUUUGACAAUAACAUACACGGAGACAGAUGGCAGCCUCACUCGCAGUACUCCUGACUGUGACAUUGUGGGUCGAUUUUGUGCUGUUUAAGCUGGUGCAGACUGACCGGAGUGUUGUGAAAACCAUGGGGAGAAAAGCUUUACCAGUGGAAGAGGAUUUGGACCGCAUAAUAAAUGUGCCUGACAGUCAACAGCUACCAGAUACGCCAGUGGACCCACAUGACAGCUGGCUCUUGUUUGUAGAACACUCUGAGAAGGGGGUCAACGACAGGAAGAAGAACAAAGGAAGAGGUCGAAAAUCACAGCAUGGUCUUCCCGGGCCACCAGGCCCGCCUGGACCCCAAGGCCCUCCUGGAGCUGUUGUCACACAGGAAGUGCUACUGAAAGAGUUCAAAGAAAUGCUGAAAGAAGUGGUUGAAGAAAGAAAUAGGAUCACAUUGCAGGAAAAGUGCCAGGAAUGUCCAGGAAUCCAGGGUGGUCUGGCGUUUCCCCCGCUGUUACCCAGGGAGAUGAGCCCGUAUCAUAGGCUGGAGGCAGCCUUUUACUGCAAACUAAAGGAUGACCUUGUGAUGAACAGAAAGAGUUUGAGGGAGCUGAAGAAUUUUCAUAUUCCUGAGCAGGAUGGUGUGUUCCUGCGAGGGAUCGGCCUGAAUCUGACUACUGGCCAAUACGUAGCCCCAAUGGCAGGAUUCUACCAGUUCUCAGCCAAUCUACAUAUUGAGCACAGAGAGCACCAGAGAAGAAGGCACAGUAGACCACAUGAUAACAUCCGAAUCCUCAUCUGCAUUGAAUCUCUCUGUCAGCAUAAUGCCUCACUGGAAACAGUUUAUGGUCUGGAUAGCAACAGUCAUCUAUUUACCAUGUUUGUCAGUGGUGCCCUCUAUCUGCAGACCAUGCAGUAUAUCUCUGUCUUCGUUGACAACAGAUCUGGUUUUGCUGUCACCAUCCGAAGUGGCUCGGAUUUCACAGGGAUCUUCCUGGGCACGUAGAGGCAGCCAGUGGAAUGGAUCCUUGGACCUGCUCGACUCCCUUCUCUCCUCCUUCUCUCCCACGUUAAGACUCCCUUUGCCAAUCCGUCCCCUGCAAUAUCGCAUCGCCCAUGAAUUUACUCCUGCAGUGGGGAGGGCAGAUAGCAAAGAGCACUCGGGGGCAAUAGAGACAUUAACCAGAAUUUUUUUGUGUGUGCGUGUCAUGGACCUCUGGGGAUAUUCUGGAGAAAUCUUUUUUUCGUGUAUUUGUUUUAAAUGACAAUAUUUUCCCUGAGUGACUGUCUACUGUUGGGAAUAUAAUAUCAUUGUAUUUCAAAGCUCUUGAUGAUGUCAGAAGAUGACUUGAAAUUUGCUUGCAACCCUGGAUGUAUCUUUAAAAUAAGGAGUUGCAUUUUCGCAAACUCGGCCAUUCAAUGCCCAUUUCACAAGCGUGAGGACUGUUUAAAAAGUAGGACAUUCUCCCACUCUCCCUGAAAAGCUGCAAAUCCCAAAACUUAUCCAUUCCCUAUAUUUUAAAACAAUUCAAUGCAUACUGCCUCAGAAUUUGCCUCACCUUUUCCAAAUGUGUUGUUUUUGUCUCUGGCUCUUACAGAAGAAUGUAGAAGGGGAAAGAAUCUGAAGCCUGCAUGUCGGCAAUGAAUCUUAAACUGGCUUCCUCCCCAGUGAAAGAGAAUGGUGUUAGGAUAUAGAUCCCAGCCCAUAUUCUACUGCCUGUGUGGCCCAACUCUACAACCAUUCCCACACUAAGUGGGCAAGAUGGUCAGUGUUAGAUCUGGCAAAGUGGUGGGGGAGGGGGGGAUGUCAGGAGCUUAGAAAUAAUUCAUUAUAAAUCAUAAAUUUGUUGAGUUUUGCAUCGUAUUGCUCAGUGUCUGAGCUUUGGCUUUCAAUUGGGUUUGGUUGAAACAAAGAAGAGUAGCGGGGGCUCCCGAAUAGAUCAUGGAGAUGACAGUCUUGGGAGUUGGGAGUGGGAUUUUGGUGGGUGAAGGGUUGGGAUUUCCAACGGGAUGUGUGGUGUGAAACCGAACCAAACUGGGGAAAGGGAAGCCCGUUGUUUGGUCUGUCAGCUGAUAGACAAGAGCUUUGAAGUGGCUGACAUGGUGACAAGUUGAUUUUUCAAUCCUCCCUUGCCUGCCCCCGAUGGCAAGGUUGAUACAAACACCAGUGGUGCAGUGAUCUGACUGACCCGAUGCUCACAUCCUGGUAUAAGCUGCUUUGUUCUGUAGAGUUGAUAAAACAUUAAUAAACAUCAUUCUGAAAAGACA